UUCAUUUUGUACUUUUGUGUUGUAGUAAAGCCUACAUGCUAGCAGAUCAACUUUAUCGCCAUAAAAUACAAAAUGAUUAGAGAAUUAGGCCUAGGCCUACUGCUAGCUUACUCACCCCAAGUGCAUUCAACGGGAAAAGACGAUGAUUGGGUUGACUACACAGACAUGCUGCGUUACGAUUCAGUAUCUCAAAGCAUGAGAGGAGGGGAUGAUCCAUGUGCAAAGUGCUACAAGAAAUACGGAUUAUGGGCCCCCAUAGUGGUGUUAAAGCAUGCACCGGUUGGUGACCUCCUGAAGAUCGGCCUGACUCUUCUAGUAAUUAUUCUGGGCCAUGUAUGCAUCAGGGCCCUCCGACAGUGGGGCAACCAAAGGGCCUCUCCUCCUGUCGCGGUACCCCAAGCCCAGGCUGCUCUAGAGAUGGUUGUCGGUGACGAUCGUGUAGCUGUUGAUGCUGCCACCCAGACCGAGCAAGGGAUGGAGCAGCGUCAAGCCGUGAGCCAACAAGAGAUCCCACGUGAACCAGAGGAGAUACCACAGCGUCGCCAACGCAGAGAGGAGAGCGAGGAUUCAUCCGAUAGACCAGAGAGCCUCUCCAACACCGAGGGUCACGUGAUGAGAGCUCAGACAGGACCAGCUGCUAGAAGGGCUUCCCUCGAUAAAGAAAGACCUAACUUUAACAGACAGCUCCAAGCACAAGAGGCACAUGAUACUGUACCAUGUAGAGGAGAGGGUGAUGGUGGAACAGACUCAGACAGUGAGAGAUACUGUAGUUCUCACUUUCCAGUUCCUGAGACCACAGAACAACAGCAACAGCAAACUCAGGAUGAAGGGACAUUUGCCUCAACCAAAACACACACAGAUCCUUCUACGGUACCACCUCAAACUAAAUUAUCCUAAAUUAGGGGCUCUCAAUUUUUUUGGUUCCAAAGACCCCUUUUGGGGCAGGACAUUUUCUGAGGACCCCUCAUAACCUCAUAACGUGGCCAAAGCACUGCCAAUUAAGCACUAAGAUACUAUCAACACCCCCAUGAGGCAAACAUACAAGCCUGCCUCUAACUGUGCUUACACACCAAGAUCUUGACUAGAGCUGCAAAAUGUGCCCUGCUUUCGAUGCUUGAACUUAAGAGGUAUUCCACACACCAGCUGGAAUGUUAAGUCAUAUGUUACAUUUUUAAAAUAACUGUAUCCUUACAUAAAUUGGCUUCCGUUCAUUUUGCAGCUCGACACCCUGGGUGUGUACGUACAGUAAAGGACUUAUGCAGCGCUGUAUAUCUACGGCUCUAGACUCAUGGGUUCAAAUGAAUCACCGGACAAUGUAAUGUAAAAUAUAUAUAUGGAAAAGAAAGAUCUGUAGCAGUUUACUUAAUAUGUGAAGUUGGUAAGAAAA